AUGCAGUCUGUACAACCGGCAGUUCCUUGUACAACCGCCCAAGGUUAUUCUUUGUCUGAAGCUCCCAAAACCAUCAAGUCCGAGUUUCCUCAAUCGACUUUUGAACCCGAGACCAGAGAACAGAAUAACUCCUGUGAUGAACCGGUACCUGUUUACAGCGUUUUGCCAAAUGGAGAAAAGACGUUUGUGAUCAUGGCAGGAUCAUUCGCAGCCCUGAUAUCUCCACUGUCCAGCAGUAUCUAUUUACCAGCUCUGGAUUCAUUGGCAAGGGACAUGGAUGCCUCUGUCUCCCUGAUAAAUCUGACCAUAACCACCUACCUGAUUUUCCAAGGCCUUGCGCCCUCUUUCAUCGGAAGCUUUUCUGAUAGUUAUGGACGCCGCCUAGCAUAUAUCAUCGCAUUCACCAUUUAUCUUGCUGCAAACAUUGGACUUGCACUACAGAACAAUUACAUAGCUUUGAUGAUUCUACGAUGCGUGCAGUCCUCAGGCAGCAGUGGAACCAUUGCACUGGGAAGCGCUGUUGUGGCCGAUCUGUCAACCCGCGCCGAGAGUGGGAAAUACAUUGGAUAUGCUGGAAUUGGCAUUGCACUUGGUCCCACCCUAGGCCCUGUCAUCGGCGGACUUUUGGACCAUUUUCUAGGAUGGAGAUCCAUCUUUUGGUUCUUGGUCAUUCUUUCGGGAGUAUGCUUCACAGUGGUACUAUUUGCUAUGCCCGAAACAUGUCGAGCCGUCGUGGGCAAUGGGUCUGUACCACUCUCUCCGUGGAACCGCCCACUAUGGACACUAUUUGCUCGAACAUCGCGAUUCGAUGGCACACAAGCAAUUGCCGACUAUACUACGAUACAAAAGCUCAAGCGACGCCCAAACCCCAUCUCGGCUCUUUUGAUUGCCACGCAAAAGGAAAUGGGUUUGGUUUUGCUAUAUGGUUCGGUUUUGUACGCAGGCUAUAUGGCUGUCAUCAGCACCCUAUCGACUGAGUUGGCUAGCCGAUUUGGUUUCAAUUCCAUUCAGGUUGGGCUCUGCUUUCUUCCCAUGGGUGUUGGCAGCAUCAGCUCGCGCUGGAUAGUCGGUCGAGCUUUAGACUGGAACUUCCGUCGCGAGGCAAGCUUGCAAGGGAUGAUCAUUCAAAAGAAUCGGCAGCAGGAGAUUGAAAACUUCAACAUUGAACGAGCACGACUGGCAAUAACGUUUCCCCUGUUAUACAGUGCUAGCCUUUGCAUUCUGGCCUACGGUUGGGUAAUGCAGUAUCGUACUUCUCUGGCUGGUCCACUUGUGAUCACUUUGGUCGUUGACACUAACUACCGAAGUGCCGCCACUGCUACGGCGGCUAAUAAUUUGUUUCGUUGUCUGAUGGGUGCUGGGGCUUCUGCUGUUGCUUCGCCUCUUAUAAAAGCCAUAGGUAUUGGAUGGACAUCCACUUUCAUUGCUGGGCUUUGGGUAUUGGGCAGUCCUGCUUUGUGGAUUGUUUACUACCGCGGGUAUAGUUGGAGACAAGAACUUUCCAACCGCGAUCAGCGUCAAUCUGAACCAUCCGUAUGA